AGAAAACCAAAAAGAAAGGUUACAAAAAGACACAUGCUAACCUACUGCACAUUCUUGUUAAUUUAAUCAGGUGGCCCAUUCAAGUAAUCCAUAGCUGACCGACUGUGUGAUAAAAGAAAAAAGGGGGUACUGAAUGAGACCAAGAUAAUGAGAGAGAGAGAGAGAGAGAGAGAGAGAGAGAGGUUAAAAGAAUAAGGAGAUAUAUAUAAACAUAUAUUCUCUUUUAGCCAUCAUGGAUUUUGGUGUUUUCUUUUGAAAUCAAACAAAGGCAAAACUAGAUCUCUGUAAUAAGAGUCUAAGAGUUUUGGACUAUAUUUAUUAGUGGGUGUCUGUGUGUGUGUGUGUUUUUUUUAAGAUUCAAAGUUAAGAGUUGAGUUGGGUUUUUUCUUUGUCUUUUGGCAGAAUUAGAGAAAAGAGUCAGUAUAGUUACAUUUUUGAAUAUACCAAAGAUUUAGCUGCUUGUGUUUGGAGAAAUUAAUUCUUGUUUUUUUGUUUGUACAGUUUUAUCCCUUUCUUGAAAGAUUUUAAUUAAGUUCAGUCUAGAUAUAUAUGCAAAAAAUGAUGUCUGGUGGUCAUCAUGAUGCUUUUUCCAUUCCUUCUUCCUUACCAGGGUUUGCUCAUCUUGAUCAACAGCAGAAUGCAAACCCUAACCCUAAACCUAAUCCUAACUCAGCUGCAAAGAAGAAGAGAAAUUUGCCAGGAACACCAGAUCCAGAUGCUGAAGUUAUUGCUCUAUCUCCUAAAACUCUUAUGGCUACGAACCGAUUCAUUUGUGAAAUAUGCAAUAAAGGUUUCCAAAGAGACCAAAACUUGCAGCUUCAUAGAAGAGGGCAUAACCUUCCAUGGAAGCUGAAGCAAAGAACCAACAAAGAGGUUAAGAAGAAGGUGUAUAUAUGCCCUGAAAAGACUUGCGUCCACCAUGAUGCCUCGAGAGCUCUCGGAGAUCUCACCGGGAUAAAAAAGCACUUUAGCCGGAAACAUGGAGAGAAAAAAUGGAAGUGUGAGAAAUGUUCAAAGAAAUAUGCAGUUCAAUCAGACUGGAAAGCUCACUCCAAGACUUGUGGCACUAGAGAAUAUAAAUGUGACUGUGGAACUUUAUUUUCCAGGAAAGAUAGCUUUAUCACACACAGAGCUUUUUGUGAUGCCUUAGCUGAAGAAAGUGCGAGAUUCAAUUCAGCUCCACCAGCCAAUCUAAACUUCAGAAAUGAGAAUUCAGUAGUAAAUUUGCCUCAUGGAGCUCCGGGCCAUGGCGUUCAAGAUAUUGCUUCUAUUUCCCAAUUCAGUACUUCAACUUUUAGAUCAGAUGUUAAUGCUAUGACUUGUGUCAGUUCUGAUCAACAAAAGCCUGCUGGAUUGUCCUUGUGGCUAAAUCAAGUAAAUUCUCAUAUGAAUCCUGCUGAUACUGUGGCUAAUAAUUCUAGUCUUUAUGCUUCUUCGAAUUCAACUGGCUUGCCUGAGAUGGUGCAAAUUGGAUCAUCAAAUCUCUAUGGUUCAUCAUCCGCCACGAAUUUUGGUAAUUUAACCUUGUCAGGAUUACCACAUGGAUUAAAGGAAGAAGAAGGCGGUGAUAAGAGGACUAACAUGACUGAUUCAUUACCUUCUCUGUACUCAGAUAAUCAUCAAAACAAGCAAUCAAAGCCAGUUGCUCCCAUGUCUGCUACUGCCCUUCUUCAAAAGGCAGCUCAAAUGGGUUCUACAAGAAGCAGUAAUCAAUCUUUCUUUGGGGGCAGUAGUAAUUAUGGAUUAAUGAGCUCUUCUUCUUCUUCUUCCAAUACAACAAACCUCAACUCUCUCAGACAGAAUAGAAAUGAGCUGCACCAAGUCUUCCAAAAUGUUAAUAAGCAACAGGAAAGUAAUUUAACAGCAUCAAGUUGCAGUAUGCCUAUGGGCGAUGCUAUAAUGAUAGCAGCAUCAAGCGGUCUUGAUCAAGUGGUGUUGAUGCAAUCUAGUGGUAAACAAAGUGACCCAGUUCAAUUAAAGCUGCAACCAGGUUCAACUUCUCUAGAAAGUGGCUUAACAAGAGAUUUUCUUGGGAUGAGUGGUCAAUCUGGUCGUCCAUUUUUACCCCAAGAGAUAGCUAAAUUUGCUUCAAUGAGCGCAGUUAUGGGUUUGAGUCAAUUCACUGGCAAUCCUUGAGGGUUAACGCUCGUGUUGCUUACACUGCAUACUCAGUUACAAACUCGAGGGGAUGCCUCCAGUUCCAGUCCCAUUAUUCUCAACACAAUCUCACCAAAACUCGAGUUUGGAACCGAGUUGCACUCGGUGGUGGAAUCGGUGGGCACCAGCCUAGAAAGAGAGAAAAGAGGAGGGCAGCGCAGCUUGUGAAUGUUGGGGUGUGGCCCAGUGCAUGUAUGAAGUGACUAAACGAUGUGCCAACUACAAGUCUUUGCAUGUUCUUGUUGUCUUUAUUGUUGUUUUACUUCCACUUCUUGUUUUUCAUCGACUCUUAUUCUAUAUAUAUAUAUAUAUAUAUAUAAUAUUCUUCUU